AUGUUCGGGGUCGAACGCUUCCACCAGCAUCUGUGGGGCCGGAAGUUCAAGGCGGUCAGGGACCACAAGCGGCUGUUGGGGCUGCUGGGGCCUGACAAAGCCGUUCGUGUGCAGGCAUCACCUCGAGUGGUACGCUUGGCCUGGAUGCUGGCAGCUUGCACUUACCAGCUCGUUUACCGUCGGGGAAGGAACCUGGGACCUGCUAAUGCCCUGAGCAGCCUGUCCCUGCCAGAGGUGCCUGAUGCUGUUCCAGAACCUGCUGAAGUGUUUAUGCUGGAGCACCCGUACCCGGAGAUAUUCUCCAGAUCUGCAAUGUCGCGAGUGGCCAGAGGGAACCUAGUCUUCUCUCAGGUGGUCAAGGUGGUGUCUCGUGGGGAGGAAUUGGCUCAGCAGGCCAAUAGCCACAGGGCCGCCGAGCUGAGCUUGCAGCAGGGCUGCCUACUGUGGGGGUCCACGAUGGAAAUCAUGACGAAAGAGGAUAUCAUCAUCACCGGCAUCUCCGGACGAUACCCGCAAGCAGACAGCUUGUCGGAGUUCAAGGAGAAGCUCUUCGGGGGCGUGGACCUUAUCACGGACGACGAGGCUCGCUGGCCACGAGGUUUUCUCGGAGUGCCCGAGAGAAUGGGAACCAUCAAAGACUUGUCGCGCUUCGACGCAAGCUUCUUCGGAGUGCCGCCUAAGCAGGUGCAGCUCAUGGACCCUCAGCUGCGUCUUCUUUUAGAAACUUCGUACGAAGCCAUCGUCGAUGCCGGCUACGAUCCGGCGACGUUGCGAGGACGCAAGAUUGGCGUCUUCGUAGGCUGCGGACUGUCCGAGACGUUGACAGCGUUUGGCGGCGACUCGGCCACGAUCGACGGUUACAUCGUGACCGGAGCAGCACUGCAUAUGUUCUCGAAUAGGGUCUCCUACUGCCUCGACUUUUGCGGACCAAGCUUCACGAUCGACUCGGCAUCCUCCUCGACCAUGACAGCAUUGAGCGCAGCGCUGCAGUCGCUUCGCUGUGGUGAAUGCGAGGCGGCCAUCGUUGGGGGCUCCAACGUCACCCUCAAUCCGCUCUCCACGCUGAGUGAGUUCAGAUUUGGCAUGCUGUCACGAGAUGGAAAAAGCAAGACCUUCAACGCCACCGCGGACGGUUACGUAAGAAGCGAAACAAUAGGAGCCAUGUUUCUUCAGCCAGCGUCCGAAGCACUGAGGUUCUAUGCCAAGUUGAUUAACGUCAAGGGCAACGCAGACGGCUACAAGGUUGAAGGUAUCACCGUUCCAUCGAGCAGGAGGCAGGAGGAGCUUCUUCGCGAAGUGUACGCCGGCGCCGGCGUCGACCCACUGAAGGUCACCUACGUCGAAGCCCACGGCACCGGAACGAAGGUGGGAGACCCUCAGGAGAUGGCGGCGCUCAGCAGAUUCUUCUGCGUUCCGGAGCGGAAGAGGCCCCUAAAAAUUGGCGCGGUCAAGAGCAACGCGGGCCAUGCCGAAGCCGCCUCCACAAUCUCCACGAUUUCCAAGGUGAUCAUCCUCAUGGAAGCAGGCAUGAUCCCGCCAAACUUACACUUCAAGGAUCCUAACCCGAGCAUUUCGUGUCUUCAUGACGGAAGCAUCGAGGUGAUCUCCAAAGUUACGCCCUUCGAAGGUGGUCCGGUUGGAAUCAACGCGUUCGGAUUCGGUGGGACCAACGUUCAUGCCAUUCUGGAGUCAAACCCGGGACCGCACGUGGACACCAUGACCCGGGAAAAGCCUGAACUUCCCAGGCUCGUUCUCAUGGCUGGAAGGAGCGAAGACUCGUUGAGAAAAACUCUGGACAGGCUGGAAGCCGACGGACCCUACCCCGAUUCCGCGUACGCCCUCUUGAACCGAGUAGGGCAGCCCAGCGUAAAGCAGUUCCCCUUCCGUGGCUACGCCUUGAUUCCCGUGGACGGCUCACAGAAGGCCGUCACCAAGGUCGUCGAGGAGGUCCUCCCAGCAAAGAGACCACUGUGGUUUGUAUUCACCGGCAUGGGCUGCCAGUGGAAUGGCAUGGCAAGACAGAUGAUGCAGUUCGACGUGUUCGCCCGCUCCAUCCACACAUCGCACGACCUGCUCGCGAGAAACUUCGGCCUCGACCUCAUCAACCUGGUGACCAGCGUCGAACCGCGAGGCCAGGAGACUGUGGCGAAUGUCCUUGUUUCCAUCGUAGCAAUUCAGGUGGCGCUCGUCGACGUCAUUUACGCUCUCGGACUUCGACCCGACGGAAUCGUGGGUCACUCGCUGGGAGAGAUCGCCAGUGGGUACGCCGACGGGGGCCUCACCGCAGAGCAGGCCAUGCUGUGCGCCUACUGGCGCGGCCGAUGCACCGAUGUAGGAAAUCUCCCAAGAGGAGCCAUGGCCGCUGUAGGGUUGACAUGGGAAGAAGCAAAAAGGCGUGGCCGCAAUGGUGUGGAAGCUGCGUGCCACAACGCCGAGGAUUCCGUGACCGUGUCUGGACCGGAGGACGCCAUUUUCGACCUGGUGAAGGAGCUGCAAGAGGAGAAAUUGUUCGCUCGCGUUGUGAACACCAUGAAUGUGGCCUUCCACAGCACUCAUAUGCGAUGCGUAGGGCCUGCGCUGCUCAAAGAAUAUAAAGAGGUGGUGCUGGAUCCAAAGCCCCGCGGAAAGAAUUGGGUGAGCUCAUCCGCUCCCGAGAGCCGUUGGAAGGAGCCCAUCGCCCAGCACUGCUCGGCCGAGUACUUCGUCAACAACCUCGUCUCACCCGUGCUCUUCUGCGAGGCCCUGCGACACGUGCCUAGAGACGCCAUUGUGGUCGAGAUCGCGCCUCAUUGCCUUCUGCUGUCGAUUCUACGCCGUGCACUGGGCUCUGGCGCCUCCUGCGUCGGCCUGAUGAAGAGAGACACGGACAACCACUCCUUCUUCUUGGGUUCCCUGGGCAAGCUCCACACUCUGGGAGUGCAGAUGGACCCAUCCGCACUCUACCCGCCCGUCCCGUGGCCAGUGCCACGCGGCACACCGAAUAUUGGCCACCUGGUCAGUUGGGACCACACGCAGCAGUGGGCCGUCGCAUCGUGGAAAGACGUUCCUACCCUCGUAGAGGUGAGUCAGCAGUUACGCGACAAUGUUUCCGGAAAGGAUGAUAUUGUGAGUAUUGACAUCAGCGGAAACGAGGACGAGGCCUACCUGGCUGGGCAUCGGCUCUGUGGCGAGGCGACAUUCCCUGUGGGUGGUCACCUGGUGCUCACGUGGAAAUCGCUGAGUAGACGUCGCGGCAAAGUUAUCGAGGAGGUGCCCGUCAUCUUCGAGAAUGUCAAACUUCACAAGAACGUCGUCCUGCCUGAUACGGGUACCCUGCGCCUCGUCGUGACCAUCAUGUACUCCUCCGGCGAGUUCGAGGUGUGCGAAGAAGGCGGCGCGGUGGCGGCAAGCGGUUGCAUUCGCGUUGCCGAAAGUGGGUCCUCGGCGUUCGACACGGACCUGCCGGCGACCUGCGCCGAGAGCACAGCCUACGAGCUCGACGCCGAGGACAUAUACAAGGAGCUCACCGUGCGCGGUUACGACUACCAAGGGGCUUUCCGAGGCAUCACGCAGGCAGGCUUACAAGAGCCGCGGGGAAAGCUCCAAUGGAAGGAGAACUGGUUGAUCUUCGUCGACAGCAUGAUACAGUACGUCAUGUUCAAAAGCCCUGCUCGAGUACUCCGCAUGCCUACGAGUAUUGAAUUUUGCCGCUUCGACCCCUACGUUCACGCUGAAGUGAUCAAGAAGGCUGGUGACACAGGCGUGGAAGUCAUCUGCAAUAACAUCACAGACACUUGCCGCGCUGGAGGUGUCGUCAUACGAGGUCUAAAGACCAAUACCAUCGACAACGGCGCCGAUCAACCGACACCGCUCGUCGAAGAGUAUCGCUUCGUGCCAUACCUGGACAACAAAGAAAGCAAGGACAACAGAGAGUCUCUCACACGUGAAUACGUUGAAGUCUGCUGCAACGUCGCGAGGCAAGCCCUCAACGACUUCUGCGAGAGCAACUGCUCUCUUCGUGACGCUAUGAGCGCCGUCCGUAACGUUCCAGAGCACGUUGUCAGCCAGUAUCUUAACGGGUCCGAUAAGAACCAUGCCCUCCUGCGCUUUCUUAACACUAUCCAUGAGCAAAAAGAUCGCACUGACACUACCAUUGCAGCGUAUAUCAAGUCAGCUCUGCCUGCACUCAAGGAAGACUUGGAAACCGAUCUACUCAACACUGCUCUUUUCGAGGAAGAUCCUCUCCGAUUUCUCCUUGAUACCGUGCUCGAAAACACCAACCCGAAGAAGCUCCGAGUACUGGAAUUUGCUGCUCAAGGGAGCGACUGCCUGAUGGUCUCCUGGGUGGCACCGUACCUUUCCAAGUUCAACUUGUUGCCCGCUAUCGAAUACACAAUAGCACAUUCGUCUCCAGAGAGACUGUCAGGAAAGAUCCCUCAAGGUACCACAGUAGUGUCAUUGGGUUCGGCAGCAUCCAGGAAGAAGCUUCCUGAAGUGGACUUGAUUGUGACCCGAAGCGACACACGCGAGACAGAUGAAACCAAGAACCUAGCCGAUGAAGUGUCUUCCAUUUGCAGAGAAAACGGUUUCGUUCUGCUUGCCCAACGCACAGCACUGACACCUGCAGAAUUGCUGCUCGGUAAUAUCGGGGGCGCCGAGUUUCAAGUAGCGCCCGCCGACGAGGUGGAAGCACAGUUUUUGAAGCGUGGGCUACGCCUCGUGGCUUUCAAGUCGAAUAACUUGUCCGCCCUCUAUCUGUUCAGGAAGCGUUCCGUGCCCGUCGAAGAAGUGAAGCAGGAAAUAUUCCAGGUUAACAGCAAAUGUAGUGACUUGGUCGAUUUGGUAAAGAAGAAGGUUCUUGACUACGAGUGGAAGCCGCAAGGAGAGAACAUGUGGCUACUCGCGGAGGAGGCUGGAGCAAGCGGCGUUGUUGGUUACAACUGCCUCCGAUACGAGUCCGGCGGGAGCCAUAUCAGAUGUGUGUUCGAUGCUGGUUCCACCGAGACGAACUCGGUGGCUGACUUCACCGGAAAUCCAAAAUACCAGAACGUGGUAGAAAAUGACCUCGUCAUGAACAUUUACCGAAAUGGGCAGUGGGGCUGCUACCGCCAUGUGGUCACAAAAUCAUUGGAGACUACGAGGAAGAACACACAGUUUGCAGUCCUGAACUUUGGGAAACGUGGCGAACUCUCCAGUCUCGAUUGGUACGAAUCUCCGGUGCCUUACGCUUCUCUGCCCAUCACCAAGACUGCAACUGCACCAAUAUUGUGUGAUGUCCACUUCGCGGCGGUCAACAGUCGAGACGUCACAUUCGCCAGUGUAGAGCUCCCGCCAGAAGCCUUUGUAGGCGACUUGGCAAACUCGGAGUCCAUUCUCGGACAAGAGUUUUCUGGAACGGACCAAAGACGACGUCGCGUCAUGGGCCUCGUGUCAAGCCAGGCGUUGGCUACCGUGGUUGCGGCAGACCCCGACCUUCUGUGGGAAGUUCCUGAUGCGUGGACCCUGACGGAAGCGUCAACCGUUCCUUUGUCUUACUCAACCGCUUACUAUGCCCUGUUGGUGCGGGGAAACAUGCGGCCAGGCGAGUCUGUGCUCGUCCAAUACGGCAGUGGAUGCGUUGGGCAGGCUGCAAUCGCCAUCGCUCUAUUCAUGGGGUGCACAGUCUUCGCAACUGUCGGUUCGACAAAAGAGCGGCACUUCAUCAAAAACCGCUUCCCACAGCUUCAAGACAGGCACAUCAUAAACUACAACAGCCUUUGCUUAGAAGAACACAUCCUUGAACACACCAAAGAUAAAGGUGUGGACCUCGUGUUCGACACUCUUCGCGGAGCCAGUAAUAAAGUCACCGCUCACUGUCUGACGACGAACGGCCGACUUCUCGUUACUGAUGCCGUUGGCACAACCUCGCAUCGUCCACGCGAGGAACUCUCCCCGAAGCGCAAUGUCGUCACCGUCAGCGCCGUUCCGUCAGAUUUCCUGUCCUUGAACGACACCAGCGCAGCUGAUGAGAAGCGGCGAGUCGCCGAACUACUGCGUGGAGGAAUCGCAUCGGGGGCCGUGAGGCCCCUGCCUGCCACAGUGUUUCCGCGAUCUCAGGUUGUGGAUGCAUUCAGGCUGGAAGCCUCCGAAGCGAACGCCGGUAAAGUUGUACUUCAGGUGCGACCAGACAAAUGCCAGGAAGCCAAGGAAGGCCGCCAACCCUUCACUGUAGAAGCCAUCGCCCGCACAUAUUUCUACAGGCACAAGGCAUACGUCAUCGUCGGAGAUUUGAACACCUUCGCUCUGGAGUUUAUGGACUGGAUGGUCAGUCGAGGCUGCCGCCAUCUUCUUCUCACCGCAAGUCACGGAACGUUUUCGGGGUACCAACGUCUCUGCCUGCAUCGGUGGCAGACAGCCGGCGCCUCGGUAGUCGUCAGCCAAGCCGACGUGUCGACAACGCGCGGUGCUUUGCAGAUUAUCAAGGAAGCUGAAGCAAUGGGCCCUAUCGGCGGCAUCUUCAACGUUUCUGUGUGCCACGAAGACAGCUGGGUAGCCGAUCACGCGACUGAGGUGCACCAAACCGACUACAAGACCAAAGCCGAGGGCAUGAAACAUCUGGACGAGCAUUCUCGAAAAUUAUGCCCGCAUCUAGACCACUUUGUCAUGUUCUCCUCGGUCUGUUCUGGUCGCGGGACUUCGGGAAGAACACUAUCCGGUUACGUCGACAGCACGUUGGAGCGCUUGUGUGAACGUCGCGUGGCGGACGGGUUUCCCGGAGUGGCCAUCCAAUGGGGCGCCAUAGAUGAGGCUGGCCUCGCCCGCGAAGCCCAAGGACAGCAAGCGGCAUUCGAGGCAACACAGCCCCAGCAUAUAAAGUCCGCCUUGGAGGUCCUGGAGAAGUUCCUGAACCAAAACCACCCCGUGGUCUCCAGCUUGGUCAAGGCUGAAGUCAUUUCAAGUUCAGAAAAGAAACCAGAAAAGAAUCCGCUGGUUGACUCGGUGGCGCGAAUUCUCGGCUUUCAAGAUUCGUCGAAGCUGAAUCAUAACACCAAUCUCGGCGAGUUGGGCUUAGACUCUGUAAUGGGCGUCCAGGCACUAACAGUCAUCGAGAAAUACACCGGCCUGGCUCUGUCCGUGCAAGGAAUACGCACGCUGACCCUCAAUGGAUUGCGAGAGAUGAGCAAAGAACCACGUGCAAGUUAAAGUUCACGCGAAUACGACAACUUCUCACUUUUUCGUCCUUUCUUUGGAGCGAGAGAUGAGUUGACGCAAAAGUCUUUUCUGUGCCACCACGAUGGAAUUCAUAAUAUUUUAAAAUAAAAUGUGUCAAAACUCUU